AUGCUGGACGAACUGGACAACGUCUUUGAUGACCAUCCGUCGCUGGAUGCGUCGCUCGAGGAUUUUGAGAACAAUAGCAAUGCGCACCGAUCUCCACUUUUUGGUCUGCCCUCGCAGCAUUCGGGCUUCCGGUCCGAAGAGUCGGACGGCGAGCUGGAUGACCCAGCCGGGAUGGAGCGCUGGUCGCCGCCUGGUCUGCGACAGCAUGAUUACAUCCAGGGCAGUGGGUGGUACCGCCAUCAACCAUAUGCGCAUGCGCGCAAGAACAGGAUCCACGAACGACCCGACUUGAAGCCCACAGUUGGACUGAGUGCCUCGCCCGCAGCAUCCCGGGAGGCCAGCCCGCAGUAUGAAGAUGCGCUCGAAGGGCCCGCCAAGGGCAGAGCACAUGAACAGGCCGAGACAGGCGAUGUGACCAUCGCUGCCAAUGUGCCCUUGCCCAUGGGAGCAGGCACCCCACAGAAAGGACGAUCCCCCAGCCCUGGUCCGGCGCACAGUCCCGGCGCGACUCGCGAGGGCCCCGAGGAUGACGGAUUGGGCUUUGGAGCGGAGAAUCUGAGUAACUUGCGCGCAGAAGUCCAGCACCGUGAACCCAUUGCCGCGAUCUGCGGCUACUUGCGCAGGAAGUUCGAGCACAUUACUAGUUCCAAGUCCAACACCACUCUGUCGGUAUUGGUGCUCUUGAUCUCCGUGGCCUUCAUGCGUGCUCUAUUCCUCCCAGGCCUCCCGCAAUCGAUUCCGGAUCUGGUGAAGCUAUCAGGAUUUGCGCGCUCCUUCGAGCCCUUGAUCUACUAUUCCGAAAAUGGCGUCCAGCAGAUCGGGACCCUCCAGGAAACCGGCGUGGCUGUCUGGGACCUGAGCGAAUCCGUGCGAGGCACGAACAUGACCAGCGCACCCAUCAUUGUGGGCCAGCUAGAUGAACUAUCUGAUUCGCUCAAGUCGCUCUCUCUGGAGCUGACCCGCUUCUUCGCAAAUGUCGACUCCGACAUCGAUUCGAUUCUGAUUGUGAUGGACUGGGCAAAACGGGAAUUGGAGACUCUUUCCGCCCAACCACCCAGCUCUCUUCCGACAAUCGUGUUUGAUAAUGUGCACAACAUGCUCUCGCGACUAGGGGCGCUGGAGCGCACGGCAGAAGUUGUCGAUGGUGGUGUAUCUGCAUCCACAACCACGACCCCAUUCGGACACCUCGUGAUGGCAGUCUUCGGGCAAACGUCUGCCCAACGGACCCGGGCCACUCUCACUCGGACCUUUACCGAGUUCCUCUCCGUCCUCGAAGAAUCCAUCAACAGCGAACUGACACACUCCACCGCCCUCUUCACCCUCUUUGAAUCAAUAGAUCGCCAAUUCCUCAACCUUCAACGCACCGUGGUCCGCGAAUCCGAUGCCCAAGAACGCGCGGAGGGCGAAAUGCUUAGCUCCUUAUGGACGCGAGUCCUAGGUCCCAACGCCGCGGUGGUUCGCAAAUACGAAAAGAACAAGAAACUCCUCGCCAACGUGCGCAGUCGCACUGUCGCAAACAAACACCUUCUCGUCGAUCAUCGUGGUCGUCUCCUCACUCUCAAAGUGAAUCUGGAGACGCUACGUCGGAAAUUGGUCAGUCCACUCGUACGGCGAAAUGACUCCGUCAGCUUCAUGGGCGUGGAAGGGGGCUCUUCAGGAGCAGGUAACGCCAAUGCAGGCCGCAUGCUCGGUCCGGUCGAAGCUGUCAUCGAUGGACAGAUCCGUGGAUUAGAGGGGACAUACGACUACCUGCGAUCGGUACGCGAGCGGCAAAAAGCCAAGUUGAUGGAGAUGGUCUAUGGUGCUGGAAGGCGAGCGCCGUCCUCGGUAUUUCCAGGCGUGGAUGGACAGGAAGAGACGGUCGAGGGCUAA